AUGAAGUAUCACGUGCUAAACUACAAGAGCUGUACAGAAGGAAGCGAAAUGUUGGCCAUUAGGGAAGCUACGACACGACGGAUCAUUUAUGACGGAGAUCCAGGGCAGCCAUUUGACGUCAGACAACUAAACAAGAGCGCCUACGAAGAUAUCAAUUCGUUGACGUCCUCAGGUAGGAGAUACGAUUUGGAUCAGGAUGAAUUGGACCACUAUGACCCGAACACAUCUUCUAGAGGCCUGCGAGUCAGGGAGCGUAGAUCAGACGUAGAACAACCACCGCGAAGUGGGGUCUAUCUGAUGUCAGGCAAGGGGAAACGUUAUCAACUGUCAUUCAGAGCCAAAGACCCGGAAUUUACCUUCCUAAGAGUGCACCCUCGCAAAUCCCCGGACAAUACCAUGCAUAAAGGUAGCCAAGCAUGUUCUACCAAUUACUUUGUGGAAGUACGGGAUGCGCGUUGUCAGAAAUAUGUAACUCGCAUGAAACGGUACAAGAUCGCCGAGUGUAAACCACACACUGACUCGUGA